CUCCCGGCAGAUUCUUUCCAAUCCCGGCUCUAGCCUCCUGCAUCCUGGGGGAGCCCCGGGGUAUAGCAGUGCGGCUGUUCAUUUCGCAGGUGGCAAGGCGUUGGGAGCUGCUGGCUCGGCAUGUGGUGUGGGGGCCCAGCCGCAAUGGUGGCCUUUUGCGCCGGGCUUUGGGUCUCUAACCCGGAGCGGGCGCACGGCCAGGAGGCCGGGGGGCGGCCGAGCGCCGACUGUGAAGUAUGUCAAGAAUUCUUGAACCGUUUCUACAACUCCUUGAUAACCAGAGGAGUCAACUUUUCUCUGGACACCAUAGAAAAAGAAUUGAUCAGUUUUUGCUUGGAUGUCAAAGGAAAAGAAAACCGCCUGUGCUACUAUCUAGGAGCAACGAAAGAUGCAGCCACAAAGAUCCUAAGUGAGGUCACUCGCCCAAUGAGUGUGCACAUGCCUGCGGUGAAGAUCUGUGAGAAGCUGAAGAAGAUGGACAGUCAGAUCUGUGAGCUGAAAUAUGAAAAGAAAUUGGACUUGGCAUCCGUGGACCUGUCCAAGAUGAGAGUAGCAGAGCUGAAACAGAUACUGUACAGCUGGGGAGAAGAGUGCAGGGCCUGUGCUGAAAAAACCGACUACGUGAAUCUCAUCAAAGAACUGGCACCCAAGUAUGCAGCGACGCACCCCAAAACAGAACUCUGACUCCCGGAAGCCGGCGCACCAUUGAUUAUAGUCAGAGACUAAAUGCCUCUCCAGGCUAUGGAUGUGUUGGCUGAGAGGAACCAGGAAUUACAAUGUGGGUG